GGUGUUUGGGGCUAUAAAGGCUGUGCAUGGACCCCGGGUUUCCCGUUCAGGGCGACGUCUGUGGUCGGAAUCUGGUGACGAGUAUUCCCGGUUUAAGAAGAGCGAAGAUGAGGCGGUGAAUCAGGAUCCUGAAAAAUUGCAGGAGGAUGGGGCGUCUUGUACCGAUAGGAGGUAUGGGCUUGUGUAUACUCGAAAAAGAAACAAAAUUGGAACUGGGUUUGCUGAUUUUUUGGAUAAAAAAUAUGGCUUACAGAAGAAGAGGAGUUCACUGAGGAGGAUGAAAGCUAGAAAUCCUUCACUCGGUGGUGUAUACAAAGCUGGAGGACCUAGCUUUGGCCGCUAUUUGCCUGCUCCCAUAGUUAAGGUCAUCCCAGUUCCUGGAGUUCGACAAGUGCAAGCCUUUGAGGGUGUAGACGGUUUGCCCUUUCAGAGACCAUAUUCAUAUAUCUGCAUAAAAGCAGAUCAGGUGUCUAGAGCAAUGGCAAAGAGGAUGGCAAAUUAUGACAUGGAUUCAGAAGAUGAGGAGUGGCUUAAGAAGUUCAAUAAUGGGUUCUUUGCUGGCAGUGACCUUCUUGAACAGCUUUCAGAAGAUAGCUUUGAGUUAAUGAUUGAUGCUUUUGAGAAGGCUUAUUAUUGGAGUCCGGUUGAUUACUCUAAUGAGGAAGCGGCUGCUAAGCUUUGCCUUGAUAUGGGUAGGAGGGAAGUAGUAGAAGCCGUGUAUGGUUAUUGGUUGAAGAAAAGGAAGCAGAGACGAUCGGCACUACUAAGGGUUUUUCAAAAAAGGAAAUCUCCACUCGUUCCUAAACGCAGAAGGAGAUCAUUCAGAUGCCAUGGAAGAGGCAGACAACCAAGUGUUUUGCAAGCAGUGGCUGUGAAGGAAGAUGAAGUGGAAGAACAAAAUGCCUUGCAACAAGUUGAGCAGACCAGAGUUUCAGCAAACAGAUCUAUGGAAUCAGCUGUGGAGAAACGACGAAGGGUUCAAUUACUCAUGGAGAAUGCCAAUAUGGCAACAUACAAGGCCAUGGUGGCACUUAGAAUUGCUGAAGCUGCUGGAGUUGUUGUGUUCUCAGAUGCAGCAAAUGCCAUCCCUUUUUAUUUGUAAGUAAUAUCAGCCGGUACUCAUAUCCAGGCCUGUGAAAUAUGCAGUAUAGGCUUGUAUUGCACCUUUUUAAUGGGUUCAUAUUUGAUGUACGUUAUGUAUUAUUGUAACCUCACUCCAAUGUCUUUCGAUAUGUCUGGUUUGUUCAAUUGAUGGAAGAAAAAAAUAAUCUAAAAGAGAGUAGUACAGGAAAUUUCUAGCCAAUGUUUGAGAGCUUGCUACCUUUGUAUCUUGCAACAUCAUCAGUAUUUCUCAUCAUAAUGGAGGAUGAGUACACCAUUCUUCAAACAUCAAACAAUACGUGGGAACAUUUUUUUCAUCUCCUCUGGAAAUUAAGGAACUUGAUUCCAUAAGCAAACACGAAGAAGAAAAGCACCCAACCAAUAUGUGCUACUACAACAGGUACGAGGAAGUAGUGAUCAAACCCUAGAGAAUUCUUAAGGUAUGUCUUUAUUUCCACGAACUCUUCUCCAGGUACAUAAACUUUGUCAAGUUUG